AUGGCUAAUGAGAUUAGUAAGUGUUUACGUGAUUGGGGCAUCGAUAAAAUUUUUACCAUCACAGUUGAUAAUGCUAGUUCGAACGACGUGACUGUGAAAGAGUUAGCUAAGAUAUUUACUAAACGGGGAACCAAUUUCAUGAAUGGACAACACCUUCAUGUAAGGUGUAUGGCUCACAUUAUUAAUCUCAUUGUCCAAGAUGGUUUGAAAAUGACUGGCGUGUCCAUUGAAAAGGUUAGAAAAGCGGUGAAAUACAUAAGGCAGUCCCCUGCAAGGUGUAAGAGGUUCCAAGAAUAUUGUGAAGAUGUUGAUAUCAAUAGUAAAAAAUCGUUAUGUUUGGAUGUUUCUACGAGGUGGAACUCUACAUAUUUGAUGUUGAAUAGGGCAGUUGAGUGUGAAAAUGGGUUGAUGAGUUAUGUUUAUCGUGACAUUGGCUUAUCACAUUACCUUCGAUUUAUUGAGGAUGAAGAGGGAACUAUUGUCUGUGCAUUUUCAAGUGAUGAUUGGGACCAUUUGAUAUUGAGUGGCGAUUAUGGUGAUGAUCUUUUGGGUAAAAUUGCAUCGAAUAUGAAAAAAAAGUUUGAUAAGUAUUGGGGUAGUCCAAAGAAAAUGAAUAAGAUGAUUUUUAUUUCAUGUGUUCUGAAUCCUCGGCACAAGUUUGUUUCGGUUGGUUUUGCUCUUCAAAUGAUUUCACUGCCUUCGAGUUCAGGUAGUACUGUUCAAUCGAUAGGGUCUUUAGGGUCAUUCAUGGAUGAUCUAAUGAAACAUAAAGCUGGAAAUACAACAACGGUUAAAAUAGAAUUGCAAAAGUAUCUUGAUGAAGCAAAUGAAGGUGAAACCAAUAACUUCAACGUCUUGUUUUGGUGGAAAAUACAUUCAUCCAGAUUUCCUAUUUUUGCUGAGAUGGCUCGGGAUGUGUUAUCUUUUCCCAUUUCAAGCGUGGCAUCUGAGUGUACAUUUAGUACCGGUGGACGUAUCUUGGAUUCAUUUAGGAGUUCAUUAACUCCUAAAUUGGUGCAAACUCUAGUGUGCCUUCAAGAUUGGAUUCGGAGUGAAUCACAACCUAAUUGGCUAAUACUAGCAUUCUUGAUGAUUGACGUGGAGUUGAGAUUCUUCUUUUUUGCACUUGAAUCUGGGCAUCUGUGGACUGGUAAGCCACCUAUUCUAUCAUUUGUUGGAUUGUCUAGUGGACUGCUCUUCAAUUACUGUAAAUCAUUAUAG